AUGCUUUCUUUUCCACAGAUCACGUUUUUUGAAGAGAAGAAAUUCCAGGGCGCCUGCUACAACUGCAGCAGCGACUGUGCCGACCUGCACACGUACUUCAGCCGCUGCAGCUCCAUCCGAGUGGAGAGCGGCGCGUGGGUGAUCUACGAGAAACCCAACUACAAGGGCUUCCAGUACGUCCUCAGCCCUGGCGAGUACGCCGACAACCAGCAGUGGAUGGCUUUCAGCGACAGCGUCAAAUCCUGCCGCGCCAUAAAGAAUGUGUACGGUAACGCCUGGAAGCUGAGGCUGUACGAGAGGCCGGACUUCGGCGGCCAGAUGGUGGAGUGCUGCGACGACUGCCCGUCAGCGUACGACACCUACAAGGUUCGGGAGGCGUACUCCUGCGUGGUGACCGACGGCGCCUGGGUGUUCUACGACCUCCCCAACUACCGCGGCCACCAGUACUGCGUGGAGCGAGGCGAGUACCGGCAGCACGGCGACUGGGGGGCGGCCUCGCCUGGAGUCGCCUCCUUCCGCAGGAUCACAGAGUUUUAG